AAUAUAUGGUUGCGCGCGCUUAGGUCGGUUGGACUGACUUAUGAUUUUUACAGUGCUAACUAUAUUAUGAUCAGUUUGUAUACUCAUAGCUGGUUAAGUUAGCUAAAACUCGUCAUUUUCUCCUGCAAAGUAUGACUGAAGUCAGGAAUGAUUUUAACGAAAAAUCUGUGGAUGACUUAGGUAAAGAUGAUUUAAUCCGACUGUUUGCUUACCUGGAAGGGGAGCUGGAAGCAAGAGACAUAGCACUUGCUGCUCUAAGGUCUGAACAUGUAAAUACGGCCAAUCUAAGGGCGAAGUAUGGUAUUGUGGUAAACGACCAACAGAGUGUCAGAGACUUAAAGGAUCCUUUUCAGGCAUUACGAAGAGAUUCACUGUGCUCACCUCGAUGCGAUAGUGAAUCUGCUUUAAAGCCAUUGUAUGAUAGCCAGUUAUUACAGCUAGAGAAUCUCAUAUCAUCUCAAAGGUAUGCUCAGAACAAAAUGCGAGACCAACUAGUCCUAAUGGAGAAAAGAUAUGUCAAGGCGUGUGAAGAGUUAGAGGAGGAACGUCGAAAACACGAAAGAGAUGCUGCUCAAGGUGACGACGUCUUAGUAAUGCUUGAAAAGGAGCGUGAGAGACUUAAGUCAGAGGUUGAGUAUGAAAAACUGCAGAACAAAAAGCUUACCCGUGACUUGAGGCGUGUAAUUCUCAGUUGGAGGGAACAAAAUGUUCUAUGUAAUAAGCAAAAGUUUGCUGCUGUUACUCUCAUAAAAGAGCGCAAACGUCUUUCUAAUGAACUUGCUAACGAGCAGAAACGUGUGAUUGAGCUGGAGCGAUCAUUGCAACAGAAUAGCCUCAAUACGAAAUCAUUUAGUUCAGAAUUUGGUUCAGAUAAUAACGUGUGCUGUAGCCGUCAGUGUGAGUUGUUACGACAAAAGUUGGCCGAGGAAACGGAGAAUCGUAAAGCGAUUGAGUGUAGUUUCGAAAGACUUAAGGCAGAUUAUCAAAGACUGGUAUCCGAAUCUUAUUCCAAGGAUACUACAGCCAAUCGUCCUCCAGAAGAUUCAGUUGGUGUUAGUGUCUCAUUGGUUAACGGUCCAUGGAUUUCUACUGAAAAUUAUAGUAGUCCUGAGUCCGUCACUGCAAAUUCUUCAAUCAGAUUCAAACCGAAUCCUCCUCAAAGACGAUCAUCUGAUAUGCCUACUUCUGUUUCACCCACCUCUAAUAUAAUUUCAUCCGGAUCGAUUCAAAUUUCUAACAGUUCAAACCAUACAGGAACUACUACUUCUGGCUCUUCUCAAACAGUUGUUGAACAAUGUUCAUCUAGAUCUCCCUCUGGUAAUGUUGGUGACAAAUCGAUCAGUCAGUUGUCCGUUGUCCCUCCAUCAACUACAUCACCACCUUCUAGAUCGUCCACACCAUCACCACCCCCACCACCACCCCCUAUGCAGUUACAUUACCCUUAUCCUGGGAUGCAGGGACACUUAAACCAUACUCCAAGAAGUCAUAGCGGUCCUCCACCUUUCCUUCCAAGCACAAAUAAUAAUCGCCCUAUACCGAAUUCAGUGUCUCAUACAGCUAUUGUACAGUCCUCUAAAUCUAGAAACCUAGCUUCUCACCAAUCAAGUCCUCCUUACCAACCGGCAUAUUCUUCUCCGAAUCACACUGUGGUUAUCCCUGGUAGAGCUGUUAAUAAUUCCAUUUAUUCAACACGUGGAGGGUCACGUAAACCUAUGUCUGUGAAUGUUCAGCAUGCCAAUUUUCAUCACAAUCCUCACUCAUCUCCUUGCCCUGUUUCCCCUUUUAUCCAACUUCAGUCUAAACCUGCCUCAGUUGCUGUCCAAUUCUCUCAACAUAGUAGUUUAGCACCAAAUAAUACUUCACAUCCUUCCAUUGGUGGGCAUCAUUUUCCCACUCAUUCGUUGCAUCGUUCUCAUCCUUCUAUUGCUAAUCCUAUACCAUCAAAUGUUAGACCACGAAAUCCAAUCCAGAAUAGUCAAUCAGGACUUACUGUAGCAGUAUCACUCAUGGGAGGUGGGCACGUAUGUGUAAAUGGAAAAUAAUUUAGAACUUUCUGUCUAUAUUUAGAUAUAUUUCUAGUGUUUUUUUAAGAGGAAUUCAUUUCUAGUUCUAUGUUUUUAAGUAUCAAUGACAAGAAUGACAAUUACAGCGUAUAUAUUUUUUUAUAAAACUAGUCAAUACGUGUACAGCUGAAUACAUACUACUUAUUAUAUAAUCUAAUUGUCAUUGUAAGCAAAGUAAUGCGGUUUUCAAAAAUUCUAGUCAGAAGUCUUAAAUGUUUACAUCUAACCAUCAGUUUCGGAUAAAAAAAAUAUGUAUACAUUUUUAAAAAAUAUUUUUGUGACAUAAUUAACCCAAUAAAUAUUCUGAAGUAAUGUGCAAUUUUCCAUUUCUAGUUUUUCAUUAAUUAUUACAGUGUGCAGGUACUGCUGAUAUAAGUAUUAUCAUUAUUACUAUUAAUCUAUCUAAUUUUGUUUCCAGUUUAUUCAUUCUUUUUUGUUUAUUGAAUGAAUGGUUCACUGUAUUUACUUAGCAAAAGUUUGUGAUUCCUUAUUUUUUGCUUUUAUAUUUUUAGUUCAGUAUUUAGAUAAUUUAAUCCUUCUUGGGAUAAUUUUUACCAAUGAAUUAAUUUAAUUGUGGAAUAAUAUGCAUUUUACUAUGAUAGUGAAACAGAAGUAAUCGUUGAAUAUUUUAUGUUUACCAUAAUUUACUAUCUUUGUAUCCCUGUGUUUUGUUCAGUAGUUUGUCUCUUUUCAAUCAACACAACGCAGUGCGUUGUUUACUGAUAAUAUCAGAAUUCAUUUAUGAACUUAAGUUAAAUUACAUAAUGUGUAAAUUAAUUAACUUUGAACAAUUUUUUUAUUGAUAGCCAAAUAUCAAUGGACAAUUGUGUAUAAAAUCAAAUUUAUGAUCAUCAUUAGGGUUCAUGAAGUUUCAUAUUUAUAUUUCAGCUGUUAAUAUAACAAAUACAAAAUUUCUUUCAGUGAUAUUGUUCUGGUGUGUUUUAUUGAUUGAAUGAAAGUUCAGUUAAUAGGUUUAACAAGUCUCGGCAGGAACUUUAAUAUAUCGUUCAGGUAAACAUCCAGUUUUUUUUACAUGAAUAGUUUCAUGCAAUUUUCUAUAGUCAAUCAAGAAACUUUCAACGGUUUUCUAAAAAGAUUUUCCAAUGAGUUGUUUAGGAUUGUUAGACUUGUCUGUAGAUCUGAAAGAUUGACUGCAAUAGGUAUAAAAAACUUGAACGUUCACUAGUUUUCGAAGUUAUUUGUUCAAGAACUGUAUGGACCCGAAUUUAAGUUAUCAUCAAGCACAAUUUGCAUUUAUUUAUACGAAUGUUAGAUGUUUAGCAUUGAAAAUGUUGCUUUGUGAUUGCAGCAUUUAGCUGGUUUAAUAGAUGCAUUAAGAAAAGUACUCUAUACAAAACCACUUGCUUUUCGUCAUUGCAUAUAUCUCCCUUGAUUUGGUCUUUGAUGAUGG